GUAUCCUUUCAACAAUUUUAUUUAUGCUCUCUUUGGGGAAUCUUUUAGGUAAUCCAGACGUGAACACAACGAUAUAAAUUCAUCGAAAAAAAAUUAAUUAAGUCAAUUGAAUUUUUAUUUGAUAAAUUUAAUCAAUAAUCUUGCCCUCUACUAUGAAUUUUCACAAAUCAAUCGGAAAUCUUAUCUUUGGUGUUUUGGUGGUUCUCCGACUCGGGUAGCUUAUCGAAAAUCCUAGUUGGUCUUGUAUACCGAUCUUCUGUAUAAUCAUCUGAAGUCUACAUAGCUAAGGCCAAGGAAACUCCGAGCAGACCUAUAAGCCUCCACCGCAACCAGCACAUCAAAUCCGUAAACGAGAAACACUUUCCGGUUCCCGGCGCAGCUUGUCGUCGGUUUGUCUGUGAUCAUUUUUUAUUUUAUUUUUAUUUGUGUUUGCUCAAACGAAGAGAGACGCCUUAUAGUAAGUAAAGUACAAAGAUCAUGAGUGAUAAGGUUGAGUUUGUUUCUAAUGAUAUUCCUCAAGACAUAGUUCUACAUAUACUCCAUAAAUUACCUGUUAAAUCUUUGAUCAGAUUCAGUUGUGUAUCUAAGUUGUGGUUUUUCUUAAUCAACAAUCAUCAUCAACAAUUCAACAAAUUUCAAAUGGUCGAAUCUCAAAAGAAGCCGAUACUCUUAUUUACUUUCCAAGAUUGUUUCAAGCAGAAGAGAUUCUACUAUGUACAGAAAGAAGAAAACGGUAAUACUCCCAAUACCAAUCUCUUUACUUACCAAAAAAACAUUAGUUACAAUGGUCUCGAGUAUAUGAUUGGGUAUUCUAAUGGUUUAGCUUGUUAUUGGAACUAUGGUGUGCAUCGUGAAUCUUAUAAUGGUGAAUGGGUCUAUUUCUCACUUGAAAUUUGUAAUCCUAGUAGGAUUGAGAAGCUAAUUAUUGUCUCCCGUUUGAUAAGUAGGGUGGGUGAACAUAUCUGCUGCUUUCGAAUUGGGUAUAACCCCUUUCGCAACGAAUAUAAGGUUAUGUGUAUCAUGAAAUAUUAUGAAUAUGAAUAUUACAUCUUUACACUCGGUAGUAGUAAACCAUGGAGAAAGAUUAGUAACCCAUGGCCGAAACAUCGUCCAAUGAGUAGUUUUCCAUCUAAUGUUAGGCGAAGGAUACCACCAAUCUCUUGUAAUGGUACCCUCUUUUAUGAAACUGAAAAACCUGAAGAAGAAAAAAAGAUUUACAGACGUUUAAGUCCGGCAGCAGGAAAAGAAAAUUAUAGACGUUUUGCUUUGGUAUCAUUCGAUCUCCAAGGUGAGAAGUUUCAAAUAAUUGAACUUCCGCGUGAUGAUGAGUUUGUUUUAAAUUAUAAUAAGGGUGUUUUUUCUCCAAUGGAGUACAAAGGAUGUUUCAGUUAUUCAAGAAUGGGUACGGAGGAAUAUGAUCCUUAUAGCGGCAAGGUUGUACUACAUAUAUUGAAAGACGCAGUUAAAUCCGUUUGGGUUAAGGAAACUAUUAAGUUCGUUCUUCCAAGAAACCAGUUAGAUAAUCCUCCUCUUCCCGAUAGGGACGUUAUUGUGAUUUUUUGUAACCAAGUGAUUCUGUUUUGGAGCAAUGUCGGGUUCUACAAUGUGCAUUCAAAAAAACUAAAGAAAGUUGAAAUUCCCAAAGAAUGUUUUGCGAAUUAUCAUGAGAAUUACAUUUCUAGUUACGUUGAAAACUUUCAUUCUUUAAAGGCUUGGGCAACGGUGACGGGUGAAGGAAACACAAGAGAUGUAUUGGAGGAAUACAAGAAGAACUCCCAUCUUAGACGAGAAGUUUUCAACAAUAUACCAACAAAUAAUCCAGCAGUUAUUUGUUUUUUAGACUCAUUAUAAUCUUCUCAAUAGCAAAUAACGAGUCUUAGUUUUCAUGUUUGGUUCAAGAUGGAUGGUCUUGCUGUUAUGUUUAUAAUUUUAU